AUGAACGAGGAGAUGACAAAAAGCGAGGAGCAGCAUCUUAGUUUGCAGAAAGCCUUGCAGCAGUGCGAGUUGGUGCAAAAUAUGAUAGACAUAAGCAUUUCUAGUCUGGAGGGUUUACGGACCAAAUGUGCCACAUCCAACGACUUGACACAAAAAGAGAUACGAACGCUGGAGGGGAAGUUGGUGAAGUACUUCAGCCGCCAGCUGUCCUGUAAGUGCAAAGUGGCCUUAGAGGAGCGCAGUGUCGAGCUGGAGGACUUCCCUCGCCUCGGCCACUGGUUCCGCAUCGUCAACCUGAGGAAGGAGGUCACACAGGAGAUGAGCCCAGGUGAGGUGACCCUGGAGGGCCUGCUGGAGAAGAGCGAGGAGGAGGUGUGUGAGCUGCUGCAGAAGUUUGGCGCCAACGAGGAGGAGUGCGCCCGACUCAACGCCUCCCUGUCCUGCCUCAGAAAGGCCCACCAGCUUGGUAAGGGCCAGGCGAAGCAGGACUGGUCCAUCCAGUGGCCCACCUCUGAAUCGGGCAAAGAAAACACUCCGGUGUGCCAACCAGAGGUCAGUCAGUGGAUCCGGUACCAGCUCUCCCAAAGCCCCAAAGUCCAGUCCAAGUACAACCAGCACAUGUGCCACAGCCCCCAGGCCCUGGCUCCCCCUUUAUAUGCCGAUCGGCUGACCGUCGACAGCCCAGCCACAGGGCUCUUCCCUCCCCUGGACUUUGGUCAUCGCUCCCUUCCUCCGUCGCCCCGCCAGAGACACUUUGGCCACACGCCUCCUCGGACUCCCUUGGUGGUCAACACCAUGACCCCACCUGGCACUCCCCCCAUGAGGCGAAGGAACAAAGUGAAGGCCCCGGGCACGCCACCGCCGCCGAGCCGCAAGCUCAUCCAUCUGCUGCCGGGCUUCACCGCACUGCACCGCAGCAAGUCCCACGAGUUCCAGCUGGGGAACCGUGUGGAGGACACACAGACACCAAAAGCCAAGAAGAAGACCAAGCCCUUGAACCUUAAGAUCCACAGCAGCGUGGGCAGCUGUGAGAAUCUGCCCACGCAGCGCUCGCCCCUCCACUCCGAGCGAUCUCUGCGCUCCUUCUUCUUCCCCACCUUCAUCCCUUCCACACCUCCCGUCCACGCCGAAACACCCUCUGCAAACACUCUCUCAGUGCCUCGCUGGUCCCCACAGAUUCCCCGAAGAGAUCUGGGAAACUCAAUAAAACACAGGUUUUCCACAAAGUAUUGGAUGUCCCAGACAUGCAUCGUAUGUGGGAAGGGAAUGUUGUUUGGACUGAAAUGUAAAAACUGCAAGCUGAAGUGCCACAACAAAUGCACCAAAGAAGCCCCACCUUGCCAUUUAUUGAUCAUACAGCGAGGCGGACGAGAAUCCUCUAAAGCUCGUCUGGUACGCACCGAAUCAGUGCCAUGUGACAUCAACAACCCGCUCAGGUACACAGACCUGCACAUCAGCCAGACGCUCCCCAAAACCAACAAGAUCAACAAGGAUCACAUCCCCGUCCCGUACCAACCAGACUCCAGCAGUAAUCCUUCAUCCACCACCUCCUCCACCCCGUCCUCCCCGGCUCCUCCGCUGCCCAGCAGUGCCACACCCCCCUCGCCAUUACAUCCCUCCCCACAGUCGGCGCGGCAACAGAAACAGUUCAACCUGACAGCCUCCAGUUAUUUCAAAUACAAACAGCAGUUCAUCUUUCCUGAUGUUGCUCCAGAGGCUCCUCCAAGCAGAGCACCACAGGUCAUCCUGCACCCUGUCCUGUCUGAACCAGGGAACGAGGGAAACCCUUUACUGCAAAUCGAAGUUGAGCCUACAUCAGAUAACGAGGAGGGCAACGACGAGGACUCCGGUGACGAGUUCGAGGAGAUGAACCUGUCGCUCCUGUCGGCUCGAAACUUUCCCCGCAAGGCCAGCCAGACCAGCAUCUUCCUGCAGGAGUGGGACAUCCCGUUUGAGCAGCUGGAGAUCGGGGAGAUGAUCGGCAAGGGGCGCUUUGGCAAAGUUUUCCACGGGCGCUGGCACGGCGAGGUGGCCAUCCGCCUGAUCGACAUCGAGCGCGACAACGAGGACCAGCUCAAGGCCUUCAAGCGGGAGGUGAUGGCCUACCGCAACACUCGCCACGAGAAUGUGGUGCUGUUUAUGGGGGCCUGCAUGAGCCCACCGCACCUGGCGAUCAUCACCAGCUUGUGCAAAGGCAGAACUCUUUACUCUGUCGUGCGGGAUGCCAAGGUUGUCCUGGAUGUUAACAAGACCAGACAGAUUGCACAAGAGAUGGUCAAGGGGAUGGGCUACCUCCACGCUAAGGGGAUUCUUCACAAAGACAUGAAGUCGAAGAACGUGUUUUAUGACAACGGCAAAAUUGUCAUCACCGACUUUGGACUCUUCACCAUCUCUGGGGUUUUGCAGGCUGGCAGCCGGAGAGAAGACAAACUGCGGAUCCCCAACGGCUGGCUGUGUCACCUGGCCCCAGAAAUAAUCCAGCAGCUGUCUCCAGACACAGAGGAGGACAAGCUUCCCUUCUCCAAACAGUCGGAUGUCUUUGCUUUUGGCACCAUCUGGUACGAGUUACACGCACGUGAGUGGCCUUACAAGAGUCAGCCAGCAGAGGUGAUCAUAUGGCAGAUUGGCAGCGGGAUGAAGCCCAACCUCGCCCAAGCUGGAAUGGGGAAGGAGAUAUCAGACAUUCUGCUUCUGUGCUGGGCGUACAAGCAGGAUGAGCGGCCCAGCUUCUCCAAGCUGGUCGACUUACUGGAAAAGUUGCCAAAACGGAAUCGUCGCCUUUCCCACCCAGGGCACUUCUGGAAGUCAGCUGAGUAUGUCAAAUGAGUUAGGGACACAACAACAGCAAACAAUCAGCAACUUUAGAGAAAUCAUUUAAAAAAAAAGAAAAACACAGCCGCCCAUUACUCUACAUAAAUAACCCACCUCCUUAAAGAAUGCACUGAAUCCAA